AUCCCGCUCCUAUAUAAAUCCGCCUCGCCUCCUUUUUCUCUCCUCACCACGUCUCCCCCUCUCCUCCCCUGCCACCUCACGCGACGCGCUGCUGCUAGUACAACAGACGCAAGAAACAGGCAGCCCGCUCUCGCUCCCUCCCUCCCUCUCUCUCUCUGUAGUAUUGGACACCACCUCCUCUCAUACAUCCGUUGGUGCUCGGCCACCGAUGGGGUGGUGCUGGGCGGCGGCGGCGGUGCUUGCGGCGGCGUACAUGGCGGCGAAGCUGAUGGAGGUGCUGUGGUGGCGGCCGCGGCGGGUGGAGGAGCACUUCGCGCGGCAGGGGAUCAGGGGCCCCCGCUACCGCUUCUUCGUCGGCUGCGUCCGCGAGAUGGUGGCGCUCAUGGUCGCCGCCUCCGCCAACCCAAUGCCGCGCCCCUACCGCUCCCACAACGUGCUCCCGCGCGUCCUCGCCUUCUACCACCACUGGAGGAAAAUCUACGGCUCCACGUUCUUGAUAUGGUUCGGCCCGACGCCGAGGCUCGCCGUCGCCGACCCCGACCUCAUCCGGGAGAUCCUCGUGUCCCGCGCCGACCACUUCGACCGCUACGAGUCGCACCCAAUGGUGCGCCAGCUCGAGGGCGAGGGCCUCGUCAGCCUGCGCGGCGAUAAGUGGGCGCACCGCCGCCGGGUGCUCACGCCGGCGUUCCACAUGGAGAAUCUCAAGCUGCUGCUGCCGUUCGUGGGGAGGACGGUGGUCGACAUGGUGGACAAGUGGCGCGACAUGGCCGCGGCGGGGUCCGGCGAGGUCGAGAUCGACGUGUCCGAGUGGUUCCAGGUGGUGACGGAGGACGCCAUCACCCGCACGGCCUUCGGCCGGAGCUACGAGGACGGCAAGGCCGUCUUCAAGCUCCAGACCCAGCUCAUGGCCUUCGCCUCCGAGGCAUUCCGCAAGGUCUUCAUCCCUGGAUACAGGUUCUUGCCAACCAGGAAGAACACGAGCUCGUGGAAGCUGGACAAGGAGAUCAGGAAGAACCUUGUGACGCUCAUUAGCCGGCGACAGGAAGCCGCAGACGACGAGAAGCUCAGCGGGUGUGCCAAGGACCUCCUCGGGCUCAUGAUCAACGCGAGCAGCAACGGCGGCAAGGUGAGCCCCAUCACCGUGAACGACAUCGUGGAGGAGUGCAAGACGUUCUUCUUCGCCGGCAAGCAGACGACGUCGAACCUCCUGACGUGGACCACCGUCGUGCUCGCAAUGCACCCCGAGUGGCAGGAGCUCGCCCGGCAGGAGGUCCUCGACGUCUGCGGCGCUCAUGACAUCCCCUCCCGCGAGCAGCUCGUCAAGCUCAAGACACUCGGGAUGAUCCUGAACGAGACGCUGCGGCUGUACCCGCCGGCGGUGGCGACGGUGCGCCGUGCCAAGGCCGACGUGGAGCUCGGCGGGUGCCUGAUCCCACGUGACACGGAGCUGCUGAUUCCGAUCAUGGCCCUGCACCACGACGCCCGGCUGUGGGGCCCUGAUGCCACGCAGUUCAACCCGGCGCGGUUCGCCAGGGGCGUGGCGCAGGCCGCCGCGCACCCGACGGCGUUCAUCCCGUUCGGGCUCGGCGCCCGGAUGUGCAUCGGCCAGAACCUGGCGCUCCUGGAGGCCAAGCUCACCGUGGCCAUCAUCCUCCAGCGGUUCGACUUCCGGCUAUCUCCCAGCUACCUCCACGCGCCGACGGUCCUGAUGCUCCUCCACCCGCAGUACGGGGCGCCGGUCAUCUUCCGGCCUCGAUCAUCCGAGCCGUCCGAUCAUAAUCGGGGCAUGUGAGAAUAUGAUGAAGCUACUAACCAACCUUGUCAGUGUCGAUUGCACCUGGCAGAAUGACCAAUAACCUUCCUCAGGCUCAAGAUGAGCUUACUGCUUUGUCCUCAAGACGAGCACAAAGAAGCACCCCACUGUACUGUACUAACAUAUAUAUACUGCUGAAGACGGCAGCAGCAGCAGCAGAUUAGAUUAGUAGAGAAGAAGCGAGUAGGAGCGUAGAAGGCUUGACCUGUGCCUCCCAAUUUUUCAGUCGUUUUGGGUUGAUGAUUUCCUUCCUUCCAUCUUGGAUGAGGUUUUGCCGGGUGUGGUUGGUGUGUGAAGGAUUGCAAACUGUA